UUUGAUUCCCACUCAAUGGGCUUUCGGUGUAAAGUGCCAGGGAGGUCGCGGGAUCCGUCCAGGUGGAAACCCCAGGACGUCUCCGGAGGAGCAGCGCCGGGAACCCAGGAGCGGCUUCCACGCUGCGCGCACAGCGCCAGGAGCCCGAAGCUGCCGACGGUAGACCCCGUCUGUGCGCGGAGGCCCCGCCCAUCUCCGCCCGAGAGCCCGCCCACCUCCGCCGCGGCCUCCCAUUGGCGGCCCCGCGCGUCCGUCGGCCCCCGGGCUCCCCCGGGCGGGAGCGCCGACCGCGGUCCCCACCCCGCGCCUCUCGAGCCAGCCAGCCGCGGGGAAGCGAUCCCCGGCGCCGGCGGGCGGCCGCGGCGUCUGACUGACCGACGGAGGAGGCUCCGCGCCCGUCCGCAGCGCGCGGCCGGCAUGGCGGCGCCGAGAAGCCCCCCGCGGGUGCGGGCGCGGGAGCGGGAGGGUCCUCGCGCCCCAACGGCAGGAAGUGACCAAGUUCACUCCUGGACGCUGGUCACCAGCCAAGCCUUGGAUACUGCGUGGAAGAUAGCCAGGGGCUCAGUGACGCUGGCGGUAGCAUUCCUGGUGGCUGCCCUCUGCUACGUGAGGAGGAUGCACUCCUAUUUAGGGCGCCGGCUGAAAUGGUGGAUUGGAUAUCUGCAGAGAAAGUUCAAAAGGAACCUCAGCGUGGAGGCGGAGGUCGAUCUCCUCAGUUACUCUGCGAGAGAGUGGAAGGGAGAGACGCCGCGUGCCAAGCUGAUGCGGAAGGCUUACGAGGAGCUGUUUUGGAGGCAUCACAUCAAAUGUGUCCGACAAGUAAAGAGAGACAACUAUGACGCACUGAGGUCAGUGUUGUUUCAGAUAUUCAGCCAGGGCCUCUCCUUUCCAUCGUGGAUGAAAGAAAGAGACAUUGUGAAGCUUCCUGAAAAACUGCUCUUUUCACAAGGUUGUAAUUGGAUCCAGCAAUACAGUUUUGGUCCUGAGAAGUAUACAGGUUCCAAUGUGUUUGGAAAGUUACGUAAAUGUGUGGAAUUAUUGAAAACGCAGUGGACUGAAUUUAGUGGAAUUAAAGAUUAUCACAAGAGAGGAAGUAUGUGCAACAUCCUCUUUUCUGAUGCGAUUCUGGAAUAUAAACUUUAUGAAGCUCUAAAGUUCAUCAUGCUCUAUCAAGUCACUGAAGCUUAUGAGCAAAUGAAGACUCAGAAAGUCAUUCCCAGUCUUUUUCGGCUCCUGUUUUCCCGGGAAACAUCCUCUGACCCUUUGAGCUUCAUGAUGAACCACCUGAAUUCUGUGGGCGACACAUGUGGACUGGAGCAGAUCGAUAUGUUUAUUCUUGGACACUCCCUUGAAAUAAAGAUAAAAGUGUUCAGACUGUUCAAGUUUAACUCCAGAGACUUUGAGGUCUGCUACCCAGACUUGCCGUUCAGGGAGUGGCCCGAGAUCUCCCUGCUGACGGAGAAUGACCGCCACUAUCACAUUCCUGUCUUUUAAGUCUGGCGUCGGCUGGGCACCGGCCCUCGCCGUUCACAGCGGUCACACGUUCAAGCAAAGUCCAGGUGGAGAACCAAAGCUGGUGUUGCGACCAUUGAAAGGGGCGGGACCUUCUUCUCCGGAGCUGCAGGUGCCCUGGACACAGAGGUGCACGGAUGGCAUGCUUUUGUUUUCCAGUGACUUCCUCCAAACCGGCCUAUUUGUGUUUGGUGGUUUGACCUUGUUCACACGGGCUCUAGUCAUUUCACAUGCCACAGGCCUUUAAGGGCACUGGGAAAGGAAAUCUGGGCAGUACAACAGGAAAAAAAGCGAGAGGAGAAGGGGAAAGGACUAACCAGGAACGAAUUUGUCUGUAACCUGGAUGUUCUCAUUAGGAACCUUGUCUUUGAUUUGAGAUCUUUAUAAACAUGGCCUUAUUUUAUAAGCAUUACUUUCCCAGGAAUCUUUAUGGCAUAUUGAUUUUCUAGAACCACUUAAUUAACUGUAAAACUAUGUGUGUGGGGUAUGCGUAUACACACACACACACACACACACACACACACGCAUACACAUGUAUAUACAUUGUAUAGUUUUAUAUAUACAUAUAUGAACACACACAAAUCAUCACUACUUUGUAAUCUUGUACAAUUUGUUUUAUAUCACUUUACACUUUUUUGUUACUGUUGCAUCUGGCCAGUUGAAUAUGUUUUAUGAUAAAAAAGAUUAAUUCUGUAGAUUAAGGUAACUGAAUGACAACUAUUGAACUAUUACAAAAUACUAACUGUGGUGUAUCUAAUGUGUAUUUACCUGUGUAUUUAACGUGUGGUAGGUAAAAUAAUGCCACCCCCGAUCACCAUGCCUGUGUCCAAAUCCCUGGGACCUGGGAAUACGUUGGGUUAGAUGGCAAAGAAGAAGAAGAUUGCAGGUGGGAUGAAGGUACUAAUCUGACCUGGGAGGUUGUUCUGGGUUCUCCAGGUGGGCCCAGUGUAAUCCCAAGGGUCCUUAAGAGGGGAGGAGAGGAAUUGGGAGAGGGUCAGGAUCAGAGGAAAAUGUAAAAUAACAGAACAGAGAGAGAGAGAGAGACGCAUUAUUUCUGGCUCUGAAGAUGGAGGAAGGAGCCAUGACCCAUGGAAUGUGGAUGGUCUCUGAAGGUGAAAAGGGAAGAGAACAGAGUCUUCCCCAAGGCCCCCAGAAAGGAACGUGGCCCUGCCCACACCUUGAUUUUAGCCCAGUGGGACGGAACCCGUGUCGGAUCUCUAACCUGCAGAACUGUAAGAUAAUACGCUUGUGUUAAGUCACUAAGUUUAUGGUAAUGUGUUAGGUUAGAGCAGCAACUGACAACUAAUACGCUCGGGCUAACGAAUUUUUGGUCAUCUUUAUUUUGGAAAUACUUUUCUAGUUUAUUUUGGUCAUCUUUAUUUUGAAGGUACUUUGCUAGGCUGUUUUGAACUUCAAUAAAUACAAAAUAGCUUUUAAAAUCUUGCCUAAUGGUCUGCUACUUCAAAGUUACAAAUCCUUUCUAAGAGCGACUUAAUGUUUUUGAUGCUAAUGUUUUCUCCCAUGUUCAUACUGCUGUGCUAGUAGAAAUAAAAUUAAUUGCUGUGG